GAAUGUAUUAACUAAAGAAGAAGCACUACCAACAUCGGACAAGGAUGAAAUUAAAGUAGAGGUAGAGCAAACUACCCUUCGUUUUAUAGAUUUGGCAAGACAAAUGGAAGCCUUUUUUCUACAGAAAAGAUUCCUUUUAUCGGCCUUAAAACCUGAGAUGAAUGUUAAGGAAGACAUUAGUGAACUUAGAUUAGAGUUAGAAAGAAAAGAAGAGUUACUUAAGAGACAUUAUGACAAAAUCCAAGUAUGGCAGAAUUUGUUAGCUGACUUACAAAGUUGUUCAAAGAGCCCAGCACAAGGCAGUGCUACACCAGGCGGAGGUUCAAAACCACCAUCACCUCUGCCCAGUAUCCCUGGUAACCAGACAUCCAAUCAGAUUAUGCCAAAUAUAUCAGCCACUAUGCAACAGCAGCUACAGCAGCAGCAGCAGCAGCAGCAGCAGCAGCAGCAGCAGCAGCAGCAGCAGCAGCAGCAGCAGCUGCAGCAGCAGCUACAACAACAACAACAACAACAACAACAACAAUAA